GGCAUCGUCUGGAAAGCUAUUGACCGCAAGACAGGAGAAACAGUUGCUGUUAAAAAGAUUUUUGAUGCUUUCAGGAACAGAACAGAUGCUCAGAGAACAUUUCGAGAGAUUAUGUUCCUGCAGGUAAUGUUGACGUUCCUCCUCUUCUCUGAUUUUUUAUCAUCUCUCUGAUGUCUAAGUAUUUUUCUCCCGUUGUUUUCCAAAAUGCAGCAGUCAUUGAUUAGUGUUGAAAACUCUUCAAUUUCUUUUCUGCACCAUCUUGGCAAAGAGCCUUUCAGGAUGAACCCACCUGAAUGAAACUCUCCAUUUGGGCUUUUUUUAGUUUCUCCAUUUUUAGCAAUGUGUCUGCUGCAGCAUCAGCACAUCAGCAUCUCCUGUCACUUCUUCCUUCUUUGUGGAUAGAAAUUGUUUCUCUUACAUUUUAACUGCCAUGUUUGGAGAAGGGGCUUGGGUGGGAGAGGGAUUUACACUCCAAAAUUGUUUUCCUCCAUUAUGCUGUAAGCAAUUUAAAUAAUUUAAAAUAAUUGAACCAAAAGAAAAGGGAAGUUCUGCAAGGAGUAACUUAAGACUACUCUUGUUUUGAUAUAAUUGACCUUAUCAGUAGCACUCCAGUUAUCUGUCAACUCCUCCUCAGACUUAACAUGUAGAAACAUCAAUAUUUUGGAAUAAUGUUGUUAUAACUUGUGAUUUUCUAAGGACACAAGUGAGACAGGCCUCAAAGAAGAGGUGUUUCCCAUGACUGCCAAGUUUAAGUAGGAAAGAGAUUACUUUUUUUCACUUUUUAGACAAUCUUGAAGCCUGAAAUAGAAGCUGCAAAUUUCCAAGCUAGAAACAGAAACAAUUAAUUAGAAGUGAAUUACCUGUAAGUUAGAUCAUCUCUAAAAGUGCAGCACUCCUGGAAUGGAUGGAUGGAGAAGGAGCAGGGGAAAAAAGGAUAUUUCUUCUGAAGGAAAGGAGUCCCUUGGUAGCGGAGGGCAGGGAGAGGGAGGUUAAUGUGCUGUUCAGCCUGUACUUCUAUAAAUUUUGGUGCUCAAUAGACUUCAAGAUUUUUAGUUUCCCCUCCUAUUUCAAGCCUCUUUCUUGAGGUUCAAGACUGAGGGCUCAGAAAGGAAAAGAUGUGAAAAAUACUCUGUUAUUCAUAACUGCAUGUUUAUCUUAAUUUAUUUGUCUGUGCAUAAUAGUUGCUUUAUUCAAUCUUGAUGUUUAUCACAAGGUCAUUUGAUGGACUAGGUUAUUAUUUUAUGUUAUGUAUCUCAAUUAUUCUAAUUGAGAAGUUGCUGUAGAAUCUGGGGUGUGAAUGAUUCUCUGAUGCUCUGGUCGUUGCUUGCAGGUUUUGUGUUUGCUGUUCAGUGUAGGUGUAGAUCUACAGGUGCAUUUUAGGCUAAUUUUAGAAUGUCAUUUUGGUAAGUAUGUUAGUAGCAUUAUUAUUCGUUAAGCAAAGAUUAAUGAAACUGGCCCUGACAAGGUUUUUUUCAAGGUAACUUAUUUUUUUUAAUGCAGAUUGAAAUUUUUUUUAAUGCAGAUUGAAAUUUUUUUCAUGACUUUCUGUCAUCAGUUCCAGGGCAAGGCAGGGUGAGACAGUGGAAUUCUCCUUCUUAAAUGGCAGUCAAGUAAUACUGUCAAGAUUUAGCUGCAUCUCUAGAGCAAUGCCCCCUUUUGGGUAAAAACCUUUUAUAGAUCAUUUGGAUGGGUACUGUGACUGUUCUCAGAAUGAAAACAAAGUGUGUGACGGCCUGCCUGUGUAUCACUGCUUUGUGAGUGUGUUGUCACGGGUUGCUGCAGGUGAAUGUAUUGUUUUGUGAACUUUCCUAGAUGUUGCACAUUAUAAAAUGUUGGAAUAUUAUGAAGUGUUUACUGUGUCCAUGGCUGCACAGAAAUGGGAAAUAAAAGCUGUUAAAGCUGGGGAUGAACUUAAUGAUCCCAUGAAGAUUACCAGUCUGCAAAAAAUGUGAGGAUGGACUUCACCUGCAGUGUGAUACCUGCGUUCAGGAAUUUGGAGAACAUCCAAAUAUCAUCAAGCUGCUCGAUGUUAUCCAAGCAGAGAAUGACAAAGACAUCUAUCUCAUCUUUGAGUCCAUGGGUGAGACUCAGCAUUGCAGCAACCAUUCAAACCCAGCCUCUCUUAGGAGUUAUUCUUGUUAUGACUUUGAUAGUGGUAUGGUGGUGAUUACACAUGAAUGUUUAUGAUACUACUGUUAUUUACUGAUGAAAAUAUAUUGUUGGUUUAUUACAGAGACAGAUUUACAUGCUGUGAUUAAGAAGGGGAAUUUGCUGAAAGACAUCCACAAGUGCUACAUUCUCUACCAACUCCUGAAGGCAACUAAAUUCAUCCACUCAGGGAAUGUUAUUCACAGGGAUCAGAAGCCUUCCAAUGUCCUGCUGGAUGCACAGUGCUGUGUGAAGCUGUGUGACUUUGGCCUGGCCCGUUCCCUGUGCCAGCUGAACGAGGACCAGCCCAGCCUUGCACUCACCGAGUACGUGGCCACGCGCUGGUACCGAGCCCCCGAGAUCCUGCUGGCCUCUCGCAAUUACACUAAGGGUGUAGACAUGUGGAGCAUUGGCUGUAUUCUCGGAGAGAUGCUGCUUGGAAAGCCACUUUUUCCUGGAACAUCAACAAUGAAUCAAAUAGAGCAGAUCCUGAGGGUCAUCCCUGCUCCAUCCCCAGAAGAUAUUUUGGCUCUGCAGUCAGAGUACAAGGCCUCAGUUAUUAGCCACAUGAGUUCCCGGCAGCGAGUAGCAUUUGAGGAGAUUUUCCCAUCCUCUACUCCAUUGCCUGCCUUGGAUCUGCUGAAGAAACUUCUGGUAUUUAACCCUGACAAACGGCUCACAGCAGAGGAGGCUUUGCAGCAUCCUUACGUGAGAAGAUUCCACUGUCCUUCCAGGGAGCCCUCUUUGGAUUUUGAUGUGAUCCUUCCUUUGGGUGAUGAUGUCCAACUGUCUGUGGCAGAAUAUAGAAAUAAAUUAUAUGAGAUGAUCCUUGAAAAUAAGUCAAAGAGCCUUCCAAAGGAGCAAGGGUGGAGAGAAAACAUUCAGCUGAGACAGUCUGAAUCCAGCACACUCCUCCCAGCUUUCAGCUCGGUGACUGUACCCAUCAGGAAAGGCCAGCAAGAACCAACACCCCCUCUUCUAAACCCUUCACAUGUGCACACUGGAGCCACAGCUGGGGACCAGCCAAAAGGAUCUAGCCAAAAGGAUGUGGCCAGAACUGUAUGUCAGAGAUCACAGAUUAGUGUGAUGAUGUACAACCCCAUCACACACACCACUGUGCAGAGAAAUGCAAAUCCUGGUGUUGGGAUCAGGAACUGUUCUGCACCACCUCAACAGUCCAGAAUCUCCAACAAUGAAAAUCCAGGGAGACAAACCACAUGGAUAAACACUCAGCUCUCUCCUACAAGUGUGCAGAACCUUUACAAUAAUCCUAGAAACUCUCAGAGUCACAGUAAAGAUGUUCGUCCCCUUCUGAAGCCCAGUAAAAAGAUGUUCCAGAUCACUGCAAACGUGGGAGCUGUGGGUGAUCCAAAGGCAUCCAUGGGCAGCUAUUCCCAAGCUUAUGGAACCAUCAGUAAAUCUGCGCUGCAGAACCUUCCAAUAGCAAAGGCCUCCAAAAAUCCUGAGCAGUGACUGUGGAGAUGUUCUAGACAGGUGAGGUACAGCUCAUCCUUCAGCCCCUGACUAAGCAAGGGCAGCAGGGGAGAGCAAAAUAUGAGGAAAUGCUUUAUUCAUUGCUUAGGACAACAUCAUUCUUUCCUGUGGACAAGCUAAUAGGAAAGGGAAUCCAACCCCUCUGCCUUCAGUCUCAGCAGUCAAGGACACGCUGUGUUUGCUCUCACACCCUGAGAACAGGGAAUGCUGUCGGUUCAUAUUCCUCGUUUGAAUGACUGCAAAAAAUCACAGCAAACUGCAUUAUUUUGAUACUUGAGUGGUUUUUAGACAUAGUCAGGUUCCAGGGGAGCCUCUUAAAGUUCAACAAAGCCAAGUGCAAGGCCAAGAAAAUGCUCUGAGGGCUGGAGCCCCUCUGCUCUGGAGAUAGGCUGGGAGAACUGGAGGUGUCUGGCCUGCAGGAAAGGUGGCUCUGGGAAGACCUUUGAGCCCCUUCUGAGCCUCUAAAAAAACCCAAACAACCUCUCUAGGAGAGCUGGGGAGGCACUUUGGACACAGGCCUGGAGGGACAGGACAAGGGGGAAUGGCUUCCACUGCCAGAGGGCAGGGUUAGGUGGGAUCUUGGGAAAGAAUCCUUCCCUGUCAGGGUGGGGAGGCCCUGGGACAGGUUGCCCAGAGAAGCUGUGGCUGCCCCAUCCUUUGAAGUGUUCAAGGUUGGACAGGGCUUGGAGCAACCUGGGAUAGUGGAAGGUGUCCCUGCCAUGGCAGGCAGGGGUUGGGACUGGGUGACCUUUAAAAGGUCCCUUCCAGCCCAUCCAGGGAUCUUCAGCAGUCUGCCUAAACUGUGGGUAUUUUUUUGAAUAGAAUGGGUAAUUGUUCUCUGAAGACCAUGAAGACCUAACUCUUCACAGGUAAUCUUACAACCCUUCACUCAUUUCUAUGACUGUUCUAGGCUAGAUGAACAGAGUUCAUUAUGGUCUGGUUUUGUUAAAAUCAAGUAGAAAAGCAUUUGAAAUACAGAUGGGUUCUUCUGCAAUAUUUAAUUUUAUUAGCUUCUCUUGUGUGUAAUAUUGUAAUAAUAAAUUCUUUAUAUGGCACUG